AUGGUGUCCCUCGAAACAGUACAGAAGAGCAACUCUGCUCUGAAGGGGUAUGGCCCUAAUCUGGUGGCAGUUUUCGUCGGCGGCACCAGCGGCAUUGGAGAGUCUACCGCCCGUGCUUUUGUGAGCUCAGCUGUAUCGCCGCGCGUUUACCUCGUGGGACGAAGUGAAACACGAGCUUCCAAGAUCAUCGAGGAUCUCCGCGCCCUGAACCCCGAUGGGCAUAUUAGUUUCAUCAAAGGCGACGUGUCGCGUCUGCAGGAGGUAGACCAGGCCUGCAAGACAAUUCAAGCAAAGGAGGAAAAGGUCAAUUUACUUGUCCUGAGCGCUGGAGUAUUGACUGUGAAGGGACGUGAUGAGACCGACGAAGGCUUAGACAAGAAACUCAGUCUUCAUUAUUACUCGCGCAUGCGGUUCCUAUACAACCUAUUGCCCCAAUUAACAAAAGCUGCCAACGCCGAAGAUGCCGCCCCUGGCAAACAGAGAAAUCUGUCGACUGUCCUCUCAGUUCUUGAUGCCCGCGGCAACUCAUCCUUAAUUCUGAAUGACUUGUCCUUGAAGGACAAUUACACUCUGCGCAACUGCGCCAACCAUGCAAUUACCAUGACGUCGCUGUCUAUGGAGGAGCUUGCCGCUGCGUAUCCCUCGACAUCCUUUGUUCAUGCAUAUCCGGGUAUCGUCAAAACGAGUCUGGUGCGCGAUCGUGGCUUUUUGAUGAAGACUGCAAUGAACGCCAUGAUGGUGUUGCUCACUCCAUUCACUGUUCCACUUGAGGAGUGCGGACAGAGGCAUCUGUAUGCCGCGACCAAUCCUAGCUUCUCGCCUAGGGGCUUGGACGGCGGUGAUGCCGCGAUUGGUUCCGAUGGGGUUCGCGGUUCUGGUGCCUACUUGGUUGGAUCAGACUCAGCGACCCUCCCUGAUCAGAAGGUUUUGCAGGGUUAUCGUGAGGACGGAACCAGGGGUGUGGUCUGGAAACAUACUCUUGAUAUCUUCAAGAGCAUUUGUGGUGAUCAGGGUAGUGAUACCCAGGCUUGA